AUGUCGUCAAAGCUCAACUCUAGCUUUGCCCUUUGUCGAAGCUUACCUCUACCACUCAGCCCAAAUUUUUUCUAUAAACAAAAAAGAGCGGCAAACUUUCAUCCAAGCAUUUGGGGAGAUCGGUUCAUCAACUACGAUUAUUCCAAUGACAAUAUAACUCAUGUGCAUGACAAGCAGGUAGACGAACUAAAAGAAAUGGUGAGGAGGGAAGUGUUCAUAAGUCUUAAUGCUGCAGGUGAUGAUGGUUUUGCGCAUCAGCUCAAGUUAAUUGAUGCAAUCCAGCGUCUUGGUGUGGCAUACCAUUUUGAAAGAGAGAUUGAAGAAGCACUGGAACGUAUACAUGGUGCGUAUCAUGACCAUGCUAUUAAUGAUGAUGAUGAUGGUGAUCUGUACAAUGUUGCUCUUGGCUUUCGCCUACUGAGGCAGCAUGGAUAUAAUGUUUCAUGUGAUAUGUUCAACAAGUUCAAAGAUGCAAAUGGUAAUUUCAUAGUUGUUGACGUGUCGGGUAUGCUAAGCCUUUAUGAAGCCACACAUCUAAGGGUGCAUGGAGAAUAUAUACUAGAAGAGGCUUUUGCUUUCACCACCACUCAACUUAUUGAAUCCAAAACAACCCAUGCAACGUAUUCACUGGCAGCACAAAUAACUCAAGCCUUGGAGAGACCUCUGCUAAAAAGUCCAGAGAGGUUAGCUGCCAGGAAUUACAUGUCAAUCUACCAAGAUGAAGCUUCACAUAAUGACGCUGUAAUAGAACUUGCAAAGUUCGAUUUCAAUCUUGUUCAGUCUUUGCACAAAAAGGAGCUCAGCGAGAUUAUUGGGUGGUGGAAAGAAGUCGACUUUGAAAGGAAGCUGCCUUUUGCAAGACACUGGGUAGUGGAAUCGUACCUUUGUACAACGGCAGUAUAUUUUGAACCGCAAUAUUCUGCCGCAAGAAAAAUUCUAAGCAAAGCCAUGGUCCUGUUUAUAGUGAUGGAUGAUAUAUAUGAUGAAUUUGGUACAUUCGAAGAACUCGAGAUCCUUACAGAAGCGAUUAGGAGGUGGGAUAUCAAUUGCAUGGAUGAACUGCCAGAUUAUAUGCAAAUAUUUUUUCAUACACUGUUGAAUCUUUUCAAUGAAAUUGAGGAAGAGAUGGUGAAGGAAGGAAAUUCAUGCAGAGUUCACUACGCAAAAGAAGCUUGGAAAGCUACAGCCCGCGCUUUCUUUGAUGAGGCCAGAUGGUUACACGAAGGAUGCAUCCCAUCCAUGGAGGAGUAUAUGCAUGUUGCAACAACUUCUGUUGGUAACACCUUACUUUCAACUAUAUCUUUACUUGGCAUGGGAGAUGUUGUAACGAAAGAGGCAUUUGAGUGGUUGUUUAGUAACCCUAAAAUUCUCAGAGCUUCGAAUAUCAUUUUUAGGCUUAUGAAUGACACUGCCGGCUGCAAGUCUGAGAAAGAAAGAGGGCUUGAGGCUUCGAGUGUUGAUUGCUACAUGAAGCAACAUGGAGUCUCAGAGCAAGAGACACUUGAUGUUUUCAACAAACAAGUUAUGGAUUUGUGGAAGGAUAUAAACGAGGAGCUCCUUAUAAAGCCAACUGUUGUGCCAAGGCCUGUCCUCAUGCGCGUUCUCAAUUUAAUAAGAGUUAUGUAUCUGGUUUACAAAAGGGGAGAUGGCUUCACACAUGUUGGAAAACUUAUGAAAGAUAUUGUCACUUCACUUUUUCUUGAUCCUGUUCCACUUUAA